AUGGCCGACUCGGAGAGCCAUUAUGCCUUCGACGAUGGCCCCGAUGACGAGCAAUCCAUCAUCUCUACCCGAGGCCUCGAGGCCUUUAGCCGAAAGGUCACUGUAACAGCCAGCCAGCUCAUGGGCCCGGCCGCAGAGGCAUCCGGAGCCCAUUACCGCGCCGCCAUGGCCGAGGUGCACAAGCAGAUGAAGCGCCCCAGCGUCCAGCGCGGCAUGUUCUCCAUGGCCCGGUCCAGCCCGACGGAGAUUGUGCGGUCCAAGCUGUCCACGGCCGAGAUCCAGCACCGCGCCCUCACCCACCUGCCCGACGAGCUGCUGUCCAACAUCCCCGACCACCAGAACGCCUACUCGCUCUUCCAGGGCUUCCAGGCCAGCUUCCCCGACCUGGCCCAGGACGGCAAGAAGCACCGCCGCCGCCCGUCGAGGGGCCGCAAGCUGCUCGAGGAGGGCGAGGGCACGCCCGCGACGCCGACCAAGCUGGCCCAGCUCAAGAAGGAGAAGACGGCCAUGGUGCACGAGCUGGAGCUGCUGGGCGUGCGCAAGAGCAUGGUCAGCUGCGAGAUUCGUGAGAUUGACAACAAAAUCGCCAACCUGUACGGCAUGCGCCGGAUCGUGCUGGAGCGGUUGGCGGGCUUUGAGCAGGACGAGGCGUCGCUUGAGCACGAUGUCAUGGAUCUCGAGUUGAAAAUCGACGAAGUCCAAGCCAUUGUCGACGAGGCCGAGGAGCUUGCUCGCAAUACCGCCACAAAGGACGAGCGAGACCUGGUGGGCGAUGCCGACGACCACGAUCCUGAAUUCAUGUCCAAAUCUGUCUACGAAAAGCUACCCGCCACCGAAGGCAAGCAGCGCAAGACGAAAAAGGUUCAUCGCCGGAAAUCAAUGGCCAUCCUGCACGAGCACUUUGCGCCCGGAUCCAACAUUCGCGAAAUCCGAGCCCACCGAGAUACGAUUACUGCCAUGGACUUUGAUGCGCCUUUUGGGACUUUGGUUACUGCUGCAUUGGACGACACUGUCCGGGUCUGGGAUCUGAAUGCUGGGCGAUGCAUGGGCUAUCUAGAGGGCCACACGGCUUCAGUACGUGCUCUGCAGGUCGAGGAUAACAUUCUGGCUACUGGUUCUAUGGACGCCACCAUCAGGUUAUGGGAUUUGAGCAAAACACACUACAACCCUCAAGGCGGAAAGGAGGUUGGCGACGAGGACGAGGACGCCAUUGCCUUUGAGCACCCCGAUGCUCAGCCGAUUGAGCCGCCAGAGGGCAGCAUGGACGACUGCGCGCUCUACACCCUGUCAUCUCACGUCGACGAAAUCACCGCGCUUCACUUCAGGGGGGAUGUUUUGGUGUCCGGCUCUGCAGACAAGACGAUCCGGCAUUGGGACCUGGAAAAGGGCCGCUGCGUGCAGACGCUCGACGUCAUGUGGGCGGCUGCGCAGGCGUCGGCCAUUGCCACGACUGACGAUACGUGGAGGCCGACCGGCCGGGCUCAAGGAACCUCGGCCGACUUUGUCGGUGCCCUGCAAGUGUUUGAGUCGGCGCUGGCUUGCGGUACUGCCGACGGCAUGGUGCGCCUGUGGGAUCUGCGAAGCGGCCAGGUUCACCGGAGCUUGGUGGGCCACACGGGAGCCGUGACAUGUCUGCAGUUUGAUGAUGUGCAUCUGGUGACUGGCAGCUUGGACCGAAGCAUCAGAAUAUGGGAUCUCCGAACGGGGUCCAUCUACGACGCCUACGCCUACGACAACCCCGUCACCAGCAUGAUGUUUGAUGCGCGACGGAUCGUCAGCGCGGCCAGCGAGGACGUGGUCAAGGUGUACGACAAGGUCGAGGGCCGGCAGUGGGACUGCGGCGCGGGCAUUGCCGCGUCCGAGGGCGGCAAGAAGGCCGCCAUUGUCGAGCGGGUGCCAUCCAACCCUCCCCAGUCCUCUAUCCCCCCAGACUUAGAUCCUAGAGCUCAAGCCCUACAAGCCCUCCUCCAUCGCCAAGCCAUCCUCCUCCUCAAACUAGACUCAACCGCCCAAAACGACAACACAAAGACACCCGACAUUGACCAGCGCCUCCUCCAGCAGCGCCUGUCCGAUCUCGCAUCAAUCUGCAUGACGGCGUUUUACGCGUACCGAUUUGAUUUGCUACCGCAUCACUGGCGAUGGAUGUACACUGACACAUUAAUCCUCAUGUCCCAUUACAAAGUCGUGCAGAGUAUCCGACGGGCAAGGUUCAGCGAGGAUAUGCUGCUAGACGGGGUAGUGGAGGAUCUGGACAGGGCGCUGAUUGUAGCUGGAGGAGCGGGAGAAGCCCUGGGCAGGACGUGGAUCGAGAAGACGCUGGAUCUCCUUGAGCGUUUCAGUAAAGAAGAAGAAGAAGAAGCUGCGAGAACAAAACUCCCUCGGAACCACAAACAAGGGCUUCUUCUUCUGCAGCAGGAUUCAAGGUUUUCAACCGCCGAACCAUAUGGUCGACCGACUCUUUCGCCGGAAAAGACGUGUCCCCGGUACGAGAACUGGACGCUGGAUCGCUUCGAGAGAUACAUGAACGAAGACAGCCAAGGAAAGCCGAAACCGAUUGUCUUUACGGAUCUGAUAGGGGACUGGCCUGCGUUUGAGGACAGGCCGUGGAGGAGUGCGGAGUAUCUCCUCGAGAGGACGUUUGGAGGGCGGAGGCUUGUGCCUGUUGAGGUGGGGAGGAGUUAUGUCGAUGAGGGAUGGAGGCAGGAGUUGAUUUCCUUCAAGGCGUUUUUAAAGAGAUACAUUGAUCCUACCCUGUUUCCCUCCUCCGAGGAUGAAGAUGACAACAAGCUCGGGAAUAAUCCAACAAAGGAGGCAUCGAAAAGGAUCGGAUAUCUUGCCCAGCACAACCUGUUUCAACAAAUCCCCGCUCUGAGAAACGACAUCCAAGUCCCCGACUUCUGCUGGGCCGACGUCCCUCCCCAUCCAACGGAGCCCUCCAAGCAGAACCAGCCUCGUCUCGAGGUGCCCCAGCUCAACGCCUGGUUCGGCCCAGCGAGGACAAUCACGCCCUUGCAUACAGACGGAUACCACAACUUGCUCUGCCAGGUCGUCGGAACGAAAUACGUGCGGCUGUACGCCCCCGAGGAAACAAAGUGGUUAAGGCCGAGGGGCACGGAACACGGUGUUGAUAUGAGCAAUACGAGCGAGCUGGACAUUGGUGUGCUCGAGGGCUGGGACGAGGAGGAAGAAGAGGAUGAUGGUCGUGGUGCUGCUGCUGCUGUUGAGUGGGAGAGCGUGAGGAGGGAGCUGGAGGGCGUGCCGUAUUGGGAGACGGUGCUGAGGCCGGGGGAUACGCUGGUGAUUCCCAUCGGGUGGUGGCAUUACGUGCGCAGCUUGAGUAUCAGCUUCAGCGUCAGUUUCUGGUGGAACUAG